UUUAUAGUUAUGUCAAUCUAUUAAAACUUCUUUUUUUUUUCGCGAAAUGCAAAACAAUGUACCCUACUUUACUCUUUCUAGUUCUGUCUAUUUCCCACCCGACACUGGCUUACGAAGAUAAACCGAACGAGUACACCAAGUUCGACUACUGCACACUGAACUGCGGUGAGAACGUACACUCUGCUUGCAAGUGUGCCAGAACACCACCACGAGAGGAAAUGAGGCAUGUGCCUUACAUGGAAUUCAGAACGACCGUCCUCAACGAACAUAACAAAUUUCGGGACUACGUAGCAUCAGGCAAAGAAACCAGGCCAAAAGAAGGGUGGACCCCACCUGCUGCUAACAUGAUGAUAAUGAGCUAUGACCUCGAAAUGGAAUACAUCACUCGAUGUCGUGGAGUGAUGACUUUCAGACACAAUGCAGACGAUCCAACAGGUCACGAUAAGUGCAGAGUUCGCAUGGGCAACUUAGAUGUUGGGCAAAAUUUGCACGGUUCGAGCUCGAAUGGCACGGAAACAUUCAUCAAUAAGGGAAUAAAAAACUGGUAUGAAGAAGUGGCAUUAAUAGAAGCUGAAGACUAUGUAGAACAUUUUCCUGGAGCGGGUCAUGGUAUUGGACAUUACACCCAGUUGAUUUGGUGGAGUGCGGAUCGAAUGGGAUGUUCGAUGGUUUAUAAUCCUGAAAACAAGAAGUCUUGGCGUUAUACUCUCAUCUGCAAUUACGCGAGUACCAUUGACCCACAAAUUGCUGGAAAUCUAAAAUUGGGAAGAAUAUACAAAAGAACGGACAAUCCAUGUGACAGUUGUCCGAAUGCGACAAAGUGUGGCGAUACCCCCGGAUACCCAUCGUUGUGCGGGAAACAGGCGCCGAUACCAACCCAAGCACCGGCAUUAAUUAAAAUGGUUGGUGAAACUGAUGCAGGGACAUACAAAAAAGUUCUGUCUAUUUCCCACCCGACACUGGCUUAUGAAGAUAAACCGAACGAGUACACCAAGUUCGACUACUGCACACUGAACUGCGGUGAGGACGUACACUCUGCUUGCAAGUGUGCCAGAACACCACCACGAGAGGAAAUGAGGCAUGUGCCUUACAUGGAAUUUAGAACGAUGGUCCUCGCCGAACAUAACAAAUGGCGGGACUACAUAGCGUCAGGCAAAGAAACCAGGCCACAAGAAGGGUGGUCUCCAGCUGCUGGUAACAUGAUGGUGAUGAGUUAUGACCUCGAGCUGGAAUACAUCACUCGAUGUCGUGGAGUGACGAGUUACAGACACAGUGACAAAGACCCAACAGGUCACGAUAAGUGCAGAGUUCGCAUUGGCAACUUCCGUGUUGGGCAAAAUUUGCACGGUCAUAACAAAAAUGACACGAAUAAGAUUAUCAUUGCAGGAAUAAAGGACUGGUACGAUGAAGUAAGUUUGGUGAAAAAGGAAGACUAUGUGGACACAUUUCCGGGAGACCCUGGCGGUAUUGGACAGUUCACCCAGAUGGUUUGGUGGAGUGCUAACCGAGUGGGAUGUGCGAUGAUUUAUAAUCCCGAUAGCAGGAAGGCUUGGCGGCAUACUCUGAUCUGCAACUACGCAAGUUUCAUUACUCCCAACUCAACUGGAAAUAUAAAAGGAGCACCAAUGUACAAAAGAGCAGAAACUCCAUGUGACAGUUGUCCGAAUGCAACAGUGUGUGGCGAUACCCCCGAAUACCCAUCGUUGUGCGGCAAACAGGAACCGAUACCAACAGACGCCCCGGGAUUAAUUAGAAAGCUUGGUAAAAAUCGUGGUGAAACAGACGCAAAAGGAAGCAAAAUCCUCGUGUAUGUUCCGAUUAUAGUUUUCUAUUUGGUGUAUUAAAUUACUCGCAGCAGUGUUUCUGACAUCAUUUGGAUCUACGUUAAAAAAUGAUAAUUGCUUCGUUAAGUUAAUAAAAGUGAAAAAUAACUUCAAGAA